UUUUUGUUUAGCAGACGGAAGUCUUUUAACCAGCUCACAGUUAAUUUAUCUCCGAGAAGAAAAACUGUACCUGGCUUCACAAUAAGAGCAGUUCAAGAAACAUGGCAGAAAGCAAUUUGUCAGGCGACAUGUUUACUUGUUCUGUGUGCAUGCAGGAUAUGGAGGACCCAGUUUCACUUUCAUGUGGACACAAUUACUGCAUGAAGUGUAUAAAUACGUACUGGGAACACACUGAUGGAAUUUAUAUGUGCCCAGAGUGCAGAGAAGUAUUUGCCCUUAAGCCAAAAUUAAAAAAGAAUACCAAACUUGCAGAUGUCAUUAAAAUAUUCAAGGGAAUUAAAUCGAAGCCCAUAUCUUGUGAAAUUGCUGGACAAGGCGAUGUAACUUGUGAUAUUUGUCCUGAAAAAAAGAUGAAAGCUAUAAUAUUAUGUGUGACAUGCAGAGCAUCUUACUGUGAGAAGCAUAUUCAGCCUCACUUUGAGGUUCAGGCUUUGAAGAACCACAAUCUUCAAACUUCCUCUUUGCCUCUUGAAAGGAGCACCUGUAUUCUACACCAAAAGAAUUUGGAAGCUUUCUGCAGAACUGACCAGAGGUUAAUUUGUUCACAGUGCCUAAUCCUAGAACAUAAGGGCCACAAUACUACUACACUUGGAGAAGAAAGAAACAGAAAACAGGAUCAAUGUGCGGCCACUCGGAAAUUAAUUCUGCAGAGAAUAGAGGACAGGAAACAGCAGUUACAGGACCUCGCGAACAUGAUUCAACUUGUUAAGAAUUCUGAAAAGAACGAGAAAGAUAAUGUUGUAGUGCUUUGUCAGAAGUGGACUGAGGCAAUCAACAGAAUUGGCUUAGAUAUUUCCACAAUGAUUGAAAGAAAAGCAACGGAAAUACUAAGCCAAGCUGACAGUCUUGUGAAACAACUGAAUGCAGAAUUAGCAGAGUUGAAGAAGAGUAACACAGAACUUGCCGAGCUUUCAAAGGAUGAUGAUCAUAUCCAUUUUCUGCAGGAAUUUCCAAAUCUCUGUUCUCCACCAGCCAAUGAAGAUGCACAAUGUGUUACUGUCCUUAUGGACUUCUCCUUUAAAACCAUCAAAAACCCUGUUGCUGACAUUGAAGAUCAUAUUAAUGAAAUGUGGAAAAAGAAAUCUGAAGAAAUGGAACAAAUAGUGAAUGAAAUAAUUGCUUUUAGUGCGUCUCCGGUGAUCAAAAAAGAUCUAAGGAUAGUGUUGCUUGGAAAAUGUGGUGUUGGAAAAAGCUCUGUAGGGAACAAAAUUCUGGGCAAUGAUGAAUUCAGUGUUGGCAACUUUAGCUCUACAGAAUGUGAAAAGAGAGAGGCCAUCAUUGAUGAUCGAAACAUUACUGUGAUUGAAACACCAUGCUUAUUUAAUGAGAAGAUGACCGACCAGAUCAAAAAUAGCAUUGAGUUAACAUUUCCUGGGCCCAAUGUGUUUCUGAUGGUGCUGCAAUUUGACAAUUUUACAAAUGAAGAGAAGCAGAUGGUGACAGUACUUCAGGAGAUCUUUGGUGAGAAGGUUUUCAAAAACACCCUGGUCUUGUUUACCCAUGGAGAUAAACUGUCAAGCAAAUCUGUUAAAAUUUUCAGUCACUGGCACAAAGAGCUGAGACAGCUUCUAGCACUGUGUAGUAACAGACAUCAUAUUUUUGACAAUGCUAUGGAAGACGACCAGAAACAGAGGAGUCAACUUUUGGAGAAAAUCGACGAAAUGAUGCAGCUGAAUGAAAGUCAAUACUAUAUAGCAGACCAAAAAAAUGACUUAGAGGUGAAAAUGGAACAACAAAUGGAAAAGAGCCUUCCUGAACCCUCAGACUUGGGGGCUAAUUUACCAGUGGAGGAGAUAAAUAAAUGUCCUAGAUGUCAGAAAAAAACAGCCAGUUUAAUACCUGCAUUUUCAAAUUUUUGUAAAAAAACUGAAGCAGAAGAACUGGCAUCACUUUAUAAUGAAAAUGGAAUCGAAGCUCUGGUUUUAAGAGUUAAAGAAAUGAAAAAAGAUUUGGAGAAACGGACCUUGAACAUUGCAGUUGCAGGAGGACACAAUACUGGUAAAUCAGCCUUAAUCAGUGCAAUUAAAGGAUUCCCACUUGAAUUGGCCAGGGAGAUGGGCAAUCGUUCAGGAGAGCACACUCAAGUUGCAACACCCUAUUUACAUCCUAUGAUUCCUACUGUGUGUUUCUGGGAUCUUCCUGGGUUUGGCACACCAAUGUUCCAAGCCAAUAAAUAUUCUGAAUUGCUUAACCUUACUAAGUAUGAUUUACUUAUCAUUGUAAUAGGUAAUGAGUUUACAGAAACUGAUUUCCAUCUGGCAAAGCAGAUGAAGACAGCACGCAAACGGUUUUACUUUGUGCGCAGCAAAAUAGAUAUUGAAAUGGAUAUUCUUAGAAGACAGCAGCGUGAGGAAGAGAGAGAGAGAGUAUUAGAAGAAAUUCGACAAGACCACAUCAAGAACCUGGAGAAGAAUGACGUUGAGUCAGAUGAGAUCUUCCUUGUGUCUAGCAGUAGUCCAGAUGGUUUUGAUUUUUAUAAGUUCUGCAGCACUCUUGAAUCAGUGCUAAAUGAGAAUAAAAGGCAUGCUUUUCUUCUCUCUCAUCCCAGUUUUUUUACAUCUGUGAUUAAAAAAAAGUAUUCUUCUUUAGUAGGAAGUUUUAUUGUUGUAGGUGCGUUUUCAGCUUUUUUUGGAGCAGUGCCUGCUUUUGGGCCUUCCCUAAAUAUUCCUUUUUUAACAAAAGUGCUUAGUGAUAUACGGGAGCACUUUGGCCUUAAUGAUGAAUCACUUAGUAGACUUGCAGAUACAGAAGGGAAAUCACUGGAAAUUCUGAAAGCUGAAAUUACUGAUCCUUUAAUCUCCGAUAUUAAUUUUCAAACAGUUUCUAGACACUUUCACAGUAAUGCUACUGUUACUCGGAUGAUUGCCUAUGAAGCUGCUCACUUAUUCCCUUUCUUUGGCUCUACUUGUGCAAUGCCUUUGUCUUUUCGAAGUGAUUAUUUAAUCCUUAAGGAGUCACUUAAUGCAUUUACAGAUUCAGCGGUGAGAGUAAUGAUAAAGGCACUGGACUGUUAAGGUUGUGUUGUUUUGGAAUUAUGCUAUCCUUACACAGCUUUAGAUGAUGUCUUAAAUGUGUAUGUUUGCCUUAUAUAUGAUGUAAUCCAUUUUCUCAAAAGAUUGAACUUUCUUGUUUUAGCAUUUCAUUUCUAUGAUGCACAUGAUCUUUUUGAAAAUUAUUUGUUUCACUUUGAACUGAUCAAUAAACAUCACUUACAUUUUC